AACAUGGCGACACAACAAACUGAAGAGGUGGAAGCAAUGGAAAAUGUGAACCGAACUUUGCAUCCUGGCUUCAGCAACGACAGGUAUUCUCUGCUUGUCAUUGUCGGUGAACAUAGUCGGACUGGACUUGUGGACUACGUGGUUGCGGAGAUAGAGCGAGGCAUCCGCUCAUGGGACGUGGACCUGACAGCCUGUAACCUGGACGAGCAGCUCAAGCUCUUUGUGUCGCGACACUCUGCCUUCUUCUCAGAGGAAAUAAAAGGUCAGAGGACACUGCAGCACAGUGGAGAUGUUCUGGACACCCAGGUGAUGGUGAACCCAUCCCAUGAGUUGGUCUGCUCAGAGGUGCGCCGGCUUAUAUCUGAUGUGUCUCGCCACAAGUUGUUGGUCCUUGCUGGACAAUGUGUUGAAGAGGCAGGAGACCUGGUCUUACAAACAGGAUGUUUCUCUCUCAGUGACUUCAUUCAGAUAUUUGCUGAUGAGGAGAUUGGAGAGUUGUUGAGCUCUGCAGACCCCACACAAAAAGCUAGCCUCACGCUGAGUUGUCCCAACUCUGGGGUGUGGAAGAACUCUGUGUUGGAGAAGCACAACCUACAAGACUUCAUCGACAUCAAAACAAACCCACCAUCAGUGCUACCUGAAAUGGAAGGUCUGCAAGAGUUCACAGAAUACCUCUCAGAGUCCCUGGAGCCACAGUCUCCGUUUGAGCUGCUGGAGCCCCCCAGUACUGUGGGCUUCCUCAAACUCUCCCGCCCCUGCUGCUACGUAUUUCCAGGUGGGAGAGGAGACUCCGCUUUCUUUGCUGUUAACGGUUUCAACAUCCUGGUCAAUGGUGGGUCAGAUUCUCGCUCCUGUUUCUGGAAACUGGUUAGACAUUUAGACAGAGUUGACUCCCUGCUCCUCACCCACAUUGGUGCCGACAAUCUGCCAGGGGUGAACAGUCUUCUCCAAAGGAAAGCAGUAGAACUGGAGGAGGAACCGUCUACUGACUCUCAGAUCAAUGAGAACUGGAUGAAAAAUCUAAUUUCCCCUGAGAUUGGUGUCGUUUUCCUUAAUGCUCCAGAGAGAUUGAAGUCAUUCCGGGGUGAUCCCAAAGAACUGAGGAGCUGCGAUCAAGUGGCACUCACUUUGCAACACCUUGAAAGGCUAACAAUCAAUCCAGAACCUCUUAGUCGCUCAAAUGGACCCAGCAUUGAGCCUCUUAUUCUUUUCCAGAAGAUGGGAGUCGGUAGACUAGAGCUGUACAUUCUUAACCCAGUCAAAGGCAGUAAAGAUCUUGAUGCUUUCAUGAAGACCUGGCCCGGCAAUGGAUCUAACACAAAAGGCUCAGAGAUACCCCUGUCUUGCCUUGUCUCCAUCUCCGCUCUACUGGUGUGGCAUCCUGCCAGUCCUCAAGAGAAGAUCAUUCGAGUUCUCUUCCCUGGGUGUACUCCGCAGGCCAAGAUUCUUGAAGGAUUUGAGAAAGUAAAGCAUCUAGAAUUCCUGAAACAUCCAGCCGUGAGCCUCAGGGACCUUGAAGCAUCCAAAUCAGAUAUACAACCAAAACGUGCAGAGAGUCGGGAGAGCCUUAAGUCCCUGCCCAAGGAUUCAAGACCUAGCAGUGCCUUGCUGAAGGACAAAGUUGGACGUGGGGACGUUAAAAAGCAAGACAUGAAGACCAAACCCAAGGCCCAAAAUGACAUUGCUAAUAAAGAAGGGAAAGAAGGGGAAGAGAAGUCCAAAUUGAAGGAUGGGGAUGCUAAACAAAGACCUCCAAAGGCUGAAAAGCUUAUGACAAAGAAAGAACCUUUAAAGGAUGAGAAAAAAGAAGUAAAAAAGAAAGAUGAGAAAGCCUCCGCAGGUGUUGCCAAAAAGGAAGAGAAUUUGGAGAAAAAGAAAGAAGCAGUUAAGAAAGAACCUCUUGGUCCAAGACCAAAGAAAGACAUCAAACAUGAUCAAAAGAAAGCGAUCAAGAAGGAGGUAAAGCCAGAGGAGAAGAAACCAACAAAACCUCUCAACAAGGAUGUCAAAAAAGCAACAACUGGACCUUCAUUUGGAAACACAGAGGCAAAGCUCUUAGGUAAGAAUGGAACAUUGAAGAAGGAUGCAAUCCCCAAGAGAGACGCAUUGAACAAGGCGGCAAAGCCAAAGACUGGUAAAAAGGAGCCGGAGAAUCAAAAAUCUUCUGCCUCUGAGGGGGAUGCUGAUCGUUCCAAGAUGUCAACACCUGAAGACAUGACAGCGGAAUUCGAGAAGCUCAGAGCAGAAAAUGGAAAGUCAGAGAAAAAGACUGCUGUUGUAGUGAACACUAUAGCUGACAGUGAAGGAAUAGAGCAACCUGCGACAGAGAAUGGAUCAAGCGGUAAUGCAGAAAGGGGGGACAUCUUGGAAAGUCCACAAAAGUUCAGCUGCAUGGAGACGCUGUCAAAUCCAGAGAAAGCCCUGGGAACCACUUCGCCUCUCGCCAAAACUCCUAAAAUUGACCGCAGCGUGAACUUUAUUCUCACACCAACUGAAUACAGGCUUCUUGAUGGGGCCUUGAGAAAUGGGCAAGAAGAUGCAUGCGCCAGCUCAGAUGAGAAGACUUUAGAGUUGGUCUCCCCUGCCAACUCAGCCCCUAAUAGCGCUGGGCAUACACCUUUCCACAAAUCACCUGAAGAGGAUGCUCAGGGCUCUGGUGAGGACAGUAGUCUCAGGGGAAGGGUGCCUAGCCUUGGGUUUGAAGACUGCCACGUCAUUGGUUCUUGCAGGAACUCAGAGGUAGGCUCCUUGAGGGGGAACCUUGAAAACUUGGACAAACAAUCAAGCCUUUUGACACUGAGUCCCUUCAUGCUGCCUGACUCUGUCUCGCCCAAUAUUACCUCCAUGCCUGCUGAAAUCGGUUCCCCACACUCGACAGAAGUUGAUGAGUCUCUUUCCGUGUCUUUUGAACAGGUGCUCCCAUCUAUUGAUGAGUCACCCAAGGGAGACCAUGUGGACAAGUCCUACUCAAAUGGGCAUUUUGCAGAUUCUGACCCCAAAAUGGGGAUGUCCUUACCCUUGAGUACAUCUCAUAACAUGCGUCCACCAGGGGACGGCUCAGAGGAACGCCUUCCUGGACUACAGGGUCUUCUCCCUGACGUUCCCCAUGAUGUUGACCUCUGCCUGGUCUCACCCUGUGAAUUCAAGCACCCAAAGUCCCCAGAGAACCAACAGCAGCAUCUGUCUCUAGGGCUAGCCACCGGUAGCCCGCGAGAACUCUCAGAAGACAGCAACCACUCCCAGGAGCUAGCUAAGCCACAAAGCAGAAUUAAUAGUGAUCGACAUUCACCUCAAGGCCAGGAGACCCCUCCCACGUCUGUUAGUGAAUCCCUCAACACAGCCACAGAUUCAGACAUACCCCCUGGGACUGAAGACUGCCCCUCCAUCACUGCAGACAUGGACUCUGACGAGGACUCUGGGAAUUUCCCGCCCCACCAUCCACAUGACCAUCCCAGCUCUCACUCCUCCAACAGGGGAGCGCAACAUUCCUCUCAGGACCCUCCCCCAGCCCCAAUGAAGGAUCUACCUCCUUUGCCGCCCCAGCCCGGUACCUGCAUGGCUGACCCUGAGGCUGAUGAUCCAAGCAAGACCUCAAAGAGUGCUGCCACAAAAACCAAGAAACCAGCCGGGUUCAUACAGAGGUUAACGUCAGCCACCAGUACAACUCUGAACAGUAAGACCAAGGCUGGCAGCACAACUGCUACAUUGAAGACCACCUCAAGCCUUGACACAAGGCCUUCAUCCCGCAAUACCACUAGUGGCUCCAGACCUGGAACUGCAAAGUCAGCUUCUUCAGGUUCUCUGGGCAGUAAGGUCAGUGCAGCUGGAAUUGCACCAGUGUAUUUGGACAUGGCUUAUCUCCCCUCUGGUUGUGCCUCUGCCACCAUUGACGUGGAGUUCUUCCAACGCCUGCGCUCCUCCUGCUACAUCAUCAGUGGCGACGAGCCCCUGAAGGAGUCAGUCAUGAGACCCAUUCUCGACGCCCUACUGGAGGGAAAGACGGCCUGGCCCGAUGUGCAGGUGACCCUGAUCCCCACCUUUGACUCGCUGACGAUGCACGAGUGGUACCAGGAAACCCAUGAGAGGCAGAGGGAGCUGGGUAUCACCGUGCUGGGCAGCAACAGCACUGUGGCCAUGCAGGAGGAGACCUUCCCUGCCUGCAAAGUGGAGUUCUGAGAGAGAGAGAGCGAGAGGGAGAGUGAGAGAGAGGGGGAGGGGGGGUGAAACAAGAUGAAGCUACAAAUCCCUGCCCUCUCACCGACCAAAGUAUCUCACCCCCUUCACCUUCUCUUAAAUUGUGAUGGAUUAAUUUCCCCCAUCUAUAACUGACAAUUUCCCACCCCAGCAUGCUUCAAGUAUAGCCUGGUGGAUUAGCAGGCCUUGCUCAUCCUUUCAAUCUUAUCAAUAUAAAAAAGACCCCAGCAAACACUCUGACCCAUCUUUGUCUUGGGUACGUCUAUGCCAUGGAAAUGAAGCCUGCCAUGGAAAUGAAGGCAGAACAUGAAUAUGUCCAAGAGUCUUUGGUCUACCAACAUGAAGAAAGGUUGUUCAUUAUGAAUGAGGUGGACCUUGAAGACUGUCUAUAGUAAUCGAAGGUCCUCACAUUUCUUACCAUUAGCCAGGUAGUUGUGAUCCAAAUCCACGACAGCUCAAAGGAGACUAGUCGACAGCUGUAGGAAACCCUCUGCCUCAAUGGGACUGAACUCCUGAGUUCUUCCUUCAACAAUUAAUCAUUUCAUAGGUAUAUUUAGCCCUACACCCAUUUGCACAGUUAUCAAUUUCCACAGACGAGGGAACCGCAGUGAGUGAAGGAGUGUUACAAUAGAAUAUGAUGUCUGUCCAAGGCUGAUAAAAGGCAGAGUUGGUGUGUGUGAGGAGGUGAAUGUGGGACAGUUGUCUCCUGGUGCACAGGUAGGACAUGCAGAGACCUCAGCACUUACUGAAGGACGACGACAUGUUUCUGCAUCCCAUGUUAGUUCCAUAGACGGUCUAUGAACAUUAAGGAGAUGGCCAAUGUCUUUGAAGGUAAUGAUAUGCAUGUGAACAGAAGAAUUACCCCAACAUUGACAAAAGAAUGUCCAAGUUUCAAGAAAUCAUGUAAUGUGCAGCGUUUUUUGUGUAACAUUUAUAUCAGUCACUUUAACCCUUCAUGUAGAGCACAUACUGUAUGGGGAUACACUUUUGACAUUGUCUUUUUAAAUGAAAUAAGUACGUAAAUACUAGGUAAUGAUUUGUACUAAAAUGAAAUACUAAUAAAUAUUGGGAGAUGGAAGGCAAUAAAAUAUGUAGUGUUUUAUGUACCAACUCACAUGAUUGAAUUACAGUUUUACUACUUAAUAGUUAUUUCAUUAAAGAGGACACUGAAUGAAGUGUUAACCCUACAGUAAUAGAAAAAAAAAUAGUGAAGCACUAUGUCUACCGCCGGCAGGUCUAGCAUUUCUGAUUAUGACAAAAGUCAAGUCAGGUCAAGAAGACCCUAACUCUCGAUCUUGUUUGUAUUCAAUAAUAUUUUGCAUUAGUGCCCAGGAUAUCAACUGUAUCCAAACCCCUAUGUGAGUCCCUCUCCAAGACCAGAUUUUCUUCUAAUUGUAAAUAUACCAUAUCAAUGGGACCACUGUAUGUCACAUGUGCCAUAGAGGGUGAGCUUCACUGAAGAGGGAUACUUAGAUAUGCAAAUAGGGAAGUCAUGAGAAAUACUUUGCAAUACAUUACAUUUAUCUCCGAGUGGUUAUUAUCGUGCCGAAGUGAACUUAAGUAAAUGCUAAAACAAAAGAUGUUUAACAGGAAAGGAAAAUCAGUUAUAUCAGCAAUCGUUUGUGUAUCCGGUUAAUAGCAGUAGAAUGUACAUUAGAUAGCUUUAUCUGUGAAUGUGGACGCUUUUAGCCUAUAUCAAAACAGAUUGGGUCCAAAUGCAUGCCAGCACUGCUUCUGCUACCAUGCCCACAACAUGCAGCUUGUUGUCUAAGCACUCACUGUGUUAUAAUGCUCUUUAUUGCAAAGGAUAUUUUCAUUUUAUUCAAGGAGAAGGACUAUGAAAGUAUUUUAACCUUUAUUUUUACUUGAGUUAAAUAACUCUUAUUCUUAGAGAAAUUAACUUUUUUUUUUUUUUUACUACAGUUGAAGUUAUAGUUUUUUUUGGCAUGCAGAGUUAUACAAGCAUGCAGAUCUCACAUCGUCUUUUGUUAGUUUGUAAGUUAAAAUCAAAUUUCAAUUUUAAUGUAAAUCACGUCUGGUAUUAAAGCAAACAAAUGCCAUGGCUCAUCCAGAGCACACUGUACAUUUGAAGACAUCAUAAUCUGAAAAGGGUGUGUGCAGCCAGCCACAUUUAGCCAGAUCAUAGAAUUCCAAUUAUUUCAUAUGGAAAAAUGUAAUAUCAUUUUGUAUUUUCUUCCUUAUCUAUUCAUUAAGAAUUCUAUUUAUUAGUUUUUCCUAAAUUAUUGAGUUAUCUGUAUUAAAAAAAAUAUAUAUAUAUAUAAUCAGUAAUGUGGUGUGGCUACUUUAUCACUUACAAUCAUUUGGUUAGCAUCCGGCUGCUCACAUGAUAUCAUAAGCCAAUGGCAGGACAGAGCAAGCAGAACCGAGCUCACAUUGUCCUUCUGAAAGAACAGCAUGUGUUUUGGUACUAGCCAUAAUAAGACUGAGCCAAAAUUAUUGAUAAUGGUUUGCAUUUCAUUGGUCACUUAUUUGGAUAGAUAUUUCACACUAGUGGAGUUAUGAAUUAUAGCUCAUAGUUACCUCAACUUUGACUAAAGUAAAAUCAAUCCAUCAUGUCCAUGUAAAGAUAUGUCCAUUUAACGUGUGUGCCAUUUGUCGCCGAUUUUGGACUCCGAAUGCAUUGGUUUGGAUAUUGUUGCGGCUCUUACGCCCUCUGCUGUCCAUAACAUGUCUUGGCUAGCUGUUCUUAAAGCUGUAUCCAUAGAGAAUUAUAGAUCUUGUGGCCAAAAGGAUCGCAUGGGCAAAGGCUAUUGAGGGCUUCCACCAUUGUAAUCAACUGGAUGGGAUUUCCAACGUUUUUGGCUGAUCCCUCCUGGUGACCCCGUUGGAGUCAUGUCCACCAGGUUCACCAGGAUGGAUCAGACAAUUGUGAAGAAGAAAAUUGCCUACUUCAAAAUGGAGAUGGCCUCAAUGGCGCUGCCCAUGCUGUCAAAGACUAUAGUGGCACAGAUACAAAAAUGAGUCCUCUAUCUAUCUCUAUGUCUGUGUGUAUUUUGAAAGCCGUGUUCAGUGGUAUAUUUGGCUCAUUGGAAUAGUUCUAAAGAUUGGCCCCGUAUUUCUGUGCCACUGUGUUUCCAUCUCUGCCCCAUUAUAAUAAAAGUAUUCAAAUGAAGAUACCUCUUGUGUACAUCUGAAGAACUCCUUCAGUCACAAUAACACUUCAGUCAUAAUACAAGUGACCGUAGCACUGUGCAGGACAUAACGAGUGUACCUAUCUGUAAAUCACGCCCCCAAAUAAAUAAACCCAUUUGAGGUUAAUAUGCUCUAUUGCUCUUUGGCAGCCAAAUCGAACAGGACAUUUUGGGAGAUGGUACAUAAUUUCUUUAAAGCCAUUAUAUUUCAGUUUUAUUGUGCUAUAUUUUUCGUCGUUAUAGACACCUCUUUUCCCAUGCACUUAAAAAUGUAUGUUUGUCUAUGUCCAUACCCUGUUGGUGGUUCACACAUCACUUGCAAGUUUCUGGACUUCACCCAGUAAAUGCUAUAGAUGUCCAUAGACUGCCUCUGCUGGUUUCCGCAGUGUCAUGUGAGUGGGGUGGUUAGUUGGAUAAUGACAGUGGAUAGAUAAUUCAGUAUUGAAACACUAAUUUUCGUUUUUCUCUUUUUCAAUAAAUAUACCCCUUUUAUAAAUAGG